AAAGCGGAGACGCCCCCGCCCCGGUUGGCACCGGGUGCCCAUCCGGCAGGAGGAUGGCGCACGUGGGCCACAGGGUGGAUUACCUGGCUGGGUUCUGCUGCCCGGUCGGGGGGCUGGCCGCGGGCAAGCCCCGAGUGCUGUGCCACGAGAACGAGAUCUACCUCUCCAACGGCAGCGAGUUCGUCUAUGUGUAUGACCAGGAAGGGAAGGUGCUGAAGGUGAGCACCCAGCCUGCGCCGGGACUGCAGUGAUGGGCCGUGGCAUAAAGUAGCCAUUCUCCCCCGGGCUGGGCUAGCCCAGGUGCCCACACGCGGGGUAACUCUGCAGCCAAGACAGGCCCCUGGAGAGGGGCUGAAGCCGGACAUUAGAAGUGAUGUGCUCACAUUGAGAGAAGGGAAAACCACAGUACAAGUACAUCAGUGCGCACUAAGGAACUUUUAGCGUGUAGGAGUAGGAUCCACACAGCUGAACGGUGUGGGCAGGCUGGGACACUGCCAACUUAUGCCCCCGUUUGCCACACAGUGAGUGCUCUGUAGACAUGUCCUCCGCUCCUAGGGGAGCAUGGCUGAAGCAUCAGUGACUUUCUGUAGCCUCUAGGAUUUUUUUCAUGUCAAGGCACAGGGCAAGGACAAGGACAAACCUUGCCUAAAGCCUGGCUCCAAAGUCCUUAGUGGACUGAUUUUCAAAAGUACAGAGUGCCCAUCAAAGUCAUUGGGGGUUCUGGGUUCUCAGCACUCGUGAAAUUAGGCCACUUGUUUAGGAGCCUAGACACUCAGGUUUGAAAAUCGUGGACAUAGUUCCUGCCACCAAUGACUAGCAAGCUGGCCUCCUCCAUCUGUUUUCACAAGUCUAGCUCCAUGUGUGUCCAGUUUAGCAGAGUUUGGGUUUCAAACUAUCAGUGAAAUAUUAGUCUGGCUUCAAAUAACCUUUUCAUUGGCGAAUAAAGGGUGCUCUUUGACCUUUUCCCUCGUUUCCUGGGACAGACCGUUUAAUUAAAUUAUUGAAAGAUUUUUUCCCUUUUUUUCAACAAGAUGACGGUUUUUGAGUUUUGUAUGCCAUUGAUUUUUCCCUUUUCUUUGCUGUGAUAAGCAGCAGCCUUAGCACCCUGUUAGACAUGUCAUCUUUUUUAAUUUAUUCUUUUUAUCAUUUCUAAGGAAGCCAUCAGUGAGAUACCAGGAUUAGCCUCCUACAUGUUUUCUUUCUUUCUCAAGGAAGUAGGUCAUCUCUGGGUUUUGAAUUUUUCUUUUUUCUAUCCUCAGCUAGCAUAAAACACUGAAUGUUUGCUUUGAAUUUGUUUGUGUGUGUGUGUAUGUAUGUAUGUACGAAUGACAUUCUUUCAAUCCGGCGAUAAUGAUCUUCCAUUUCUAUAGCACCACUUGUCCCAAAACACUGUACGAGCUACAACUGCUUCCAUCACGGGAGCAGUGCAGCCACCUCUGGGGUGAAAUGUCACCUGCUUACAGCACAGAGCAGCAACUACACAACCGUUUAGACUGGCAGUGAAGAAUGCCAUGCCAUGUCUUAAAAUGAUUAUUUUGAAUUUAGAAGUACACAUGCAAUAUUGCCCAUUAAUGGUUUUACUCCUGGCAAUUAGUAUAUUCAGAAAAUGGCUGUUUUAACUUGCACUUGUUCUAUAUGUGCAUCCUCAGCAGCAGAAAAUAUGCUCCAGCUAAUAGAAAAGGAUGUUUCCUUUAUUCAUGUGAGAGAUGUUUGCUCAUAGGAAGGUUGCAAAUGUUUUUGUUGAAUGGCUAGUUUUGACAUGCCUGCAGUCACACAUGUAUGUUCUCACAAGCAUCACUUGUCCAAGUGCAUGUACAGAAUGCUGAACGUAACUCGGUACCUCAUGCAGUGCUGGCUGGUUGUCACCCCAUCCGUACUUGUAUAUACGGUUCUCGAGUAAGCACUGGGGAGACUCGAGAGGCCAGAUUCUCCAUCAGUGCCAUCUACAGGUUUCCCGAUCAAGUUUGGCAUGUGGAACUCCUCCCCCUUCGUAGGCAGCUCUACAUCCUGUGUGCCAGAAAUGGCAUUUACUGUGUAUCCCUGGACCAGCAGAGCAGGUUAAUGAAGCAGACUGAUGGCGGCGAUGGCAAAGAGGACGCUUGCCCUUCCAGCGUCUUCCCCGUAGACUCAGACGCCUGCAUCAUCCCAGACGUCACGCUGUGCACCUUCAAUCUGCUGACCGAUGUUCUUGUCACCCUGUCCCAGGCUCAGGGCCAGUGGUGGAUGAAACUCCAUGUGCUUCUGGACCCCGAUCAGGAGAGCCAGCCAUGCCGGCAAAUCAGCCAGGUGGGAUUCUCCACCUGCGACCAAACCAGAGACGACGGGGAUGCGCUGACCUCGCGCUUCCUUCCUGUCUUGUGCUGUGCAUCCGCGCCAGGCACAGCCGGGCCCGGGGAGGGCCUGUGGUGCUCGGGGGGGUUCACGCUGGAGGAGCCCCUCUUCAGCCUGCUCUUUGGCAUAGACGCUGCCAUGCUUGACUCUCCCAUGAUUCUCUGUGGCUUCCCGGACGGGCAGCUGUGCAGCGUGCCGCUGAAGGCCCUCAAUGCGUCUGAAGCCAUUGAUGCCUGCAAUGAGGUUGCAGGCCAGGCUCCGCCUGUGAAGAUCCUUCACCAUCUGGAAGAGCCUGUUGUCUUCAUUGGAGCCUUGAGAACAGAACAUAAAGCCCUGGACGAUCCCGAUGACCAGCAGCUGUUUGGAGACUCAGGUUGCGACUGCGUUGUGGUGGUCGGGCACUACGGCAAGAUGGUGGCCAUGAAGGCAGAGCGGGGAGAAGAGGCCAAGGUCCCAGAGGUCAGGGAGUACUACCUGCAAGGGCCCAUCCUGUGCGCUGCGUGUGGUGGCGGCAGCCGGAUGUAUUACAGCACACAUUCGGACAUCUCCGCGGUCGACCUGGAUUGGGUCAGCGACACUUCCGACCCCGAGAGCAUAGAUAACACUGCCUACGUCCUGCCUCCCGUUCUGUCUCCAGCCAGUUUAAGUAUCUGUAGCGUUGUGGCGCUUUCCUUGUCUUCUCGGGCCUCAGAAGGUGACUCGGAGCUGUUGGCUCUGUCUGCUAAAGGCCGACUGAUGAGCUGUGACUUAUGCAGUCCUGAUGACCCCCAUCCCGUCAGGCUGACCCCAGAAAAAGCUGGCCAAAGGAUAAAGGAACUGCUGUCUGGGAUAGGCAAUGUCUCGGAGAGAGUUUCUUUCCUGAAAAAGGCCGUGGACCAGAAGAACCGAGCGCUGACGAGCCUGAACCAGGUGCUGAAUGUGAGUGCUGCGUUACUGUCCAACCAAGAUGGCCGGAAGCCCGUCACUUGCACAGUUACCGCCAGCUGGAGCCGCCUGCUGCUUCGAGAUACCUGGACCGUCUCCUGCAUGUUGGAGAACCCAAGCGAAUGCAGCCUGGAGCAAGGCUGGACCCUCUGUGUUCAGCUGUUCACGAGCUCCUGUGCCUUCGACGAAGAGUCUGCUGAUUCGGCCACCACGUUCACCUUUCCAAUCGACCAGCUCCUCCCUGGGAGCAAGAGGGAGGUGACGCUGCCGCUCGGCUCAGCCGAAGGCACCAAGUUGGAGCUGCCUCUGACCAUCUCCUGUGCUCUCUUCUACAGCCUGCGAGAGAUUCUGGACAGUGCGUCGGACUCCUAUGAGUCACUGGACGACCUGCUUCCUGAUGACUCUCCUGGCCUUUCCCCAGACAAAGAAGGGAUCUGCCUGCCCCUGAGCGAAUGCACCAUCGACAUCUUGCAGUGCCUUCGUCUGGAUGAUAGCACAGUGCCUGGAGCCCCUCCUUCCAUCGCCACCCUGUCAGACCCGGUGGAGACCUUCCUGAAAGUAUCCAGGGUGCAGUCUGACCCCAGCAGCGCGGAAGUCAGUGACCAGCUGCUUCCCAAGGCACCGGACGCCCUAGGAGAUGAGUAUCUGGCCCCAUCAGUGGCUUCUAUCAAGGUGUCGUCGGAGCUGGUGAAAAAUGCAUUGAAGAGCUUCUGUGAAGGAGCCCCGCUCUGCUGCGCUGCUCUGCAGUGGCUGCUGGCGGAGAACGCUGCGGCCGCGGCACUGAGGGGCCAGGAUGUGUCGGCAGUGCGGGGCCUGGCCCCACAUGGAGGCGAGGUGCAGCUGCUCGUCCGAGAGGUGGCCGUGAACAAUCUCUGCCCAGCGGGCCCGAUCCAGGCCGUGGAGAUCCUGAUCCAGAGCCCUUCUCUGGCAGAUAUGUGCAGAGUGCAUCAAGCCGUGAUCCGGCGCAUCCAGACUCUGGUGCUGGAGCAGGCGGCCCAGGGCUCCGGUCCCCCUGACCUCCGCAUGCAGUAUCUGCGCCAGAUCCAAGCCAAUCACGAGAUGCUGCUAAAGGACGUGCAGUCCCUGCGGGACCGUCUGUGCCUCGGGGACGAAGCGAGUGCGACGGCGGAAAAGCUCCUGCAUGUCUACAGGCAGCUGCGCAACCCCAGCCUCAUCCUCCUGUGAGCACAGGGCCGGCCUUAGACUCCGGGGCCGGCGAGCUCCACGCUCGGCUCGAUGUAGUGCUCAUUUGGGUCCAGAGCGGAGGGCAGAGCCAAGCGUGCUCGUUAACCCAGCCAGGACUGGGGAGAGGAUUCUGCAAGGAGGAGGAUUUGGGGAGGGUGGGGAGGGGGUGCUGGCAGUGCAGGUCCCCCCCACAAGGGGGGAGCUCUUGCCUUAUAUGCCCGAGGCUGAGAUCAGGGGUGUUGUGUGUGUUUUGUGGAUGUGUUUUAAGCAGCGUGGGGGAGUUCCCAGGGCUCCGGACACCUGCCCACCACGCGCAGAGCACCUCGCUGAGGUGGGCGUGUAGGCAGGGCUGACCUGCCCCCAGCCGCCCCUGGCGCUGAGCUCGCUGAGCUGUGUUGUGUGUGGCUGGCUCCCCGGCGCGGCAGCCAGAGUAGGUGGUGUGUUUGGGAUUGUACUAGACGUGCUAGUUUAGCUUCUCUCUCGUUCCAAUGGCCGUGACUUUGCUGUGCACAGAGGCGGGAGUCGGCUCCCUGGCCGGGCACUCGGAUCUGCACGGUGCUUUCCGGCUGGUUCCCCUCCCACAAGGGCUACGCCUCCCUACCCAGCGUCUCGCUUUCAGGGUGCCGUGUGAGUAACAGGCUCACCGGGGUUCCCACCCCCAGCCUGGGGCCCCUUUUUCUACCGGCGGGUUUGGGUAGCUGUCGUUUCUAGAAAGGAUCUGCCGCGUGGCUCUGUGGUGGCGGGUUCCUCCCGCUCGCCGUGCUGCGGCAAGCCAGCAUGUCCCCGUGUUCGUAAAUCUGUCGUGUGCCAUUGAAAACAACCCUUUGCCGCUC